AUGGUGGUGGAGCACUCGGACAUGUGCGGCGGAGAUCAGGGCUCUGACAGCAUCGACUGCGAAGAGUCACGCGUAAAUGCCCCGCCUACCUGUCCCGCCCACCUGUCCCGCCCACCUGCCGCAGUUUACAUGAACAGAGAAGCAGAAUGGAGGGAACAGAAGUACAAAGAGGACAGGCCCCGAACUUUCCUGCUCUCCCUGGUCGUCUUGCUCUCCAUGGUCUUCUUACGCCCGGUGUGGAGCAUGGAGACGGACCGGAGUCGGAAGAGGGUGAGGUGGAUAUUUGUACGCUUCAGUGCCUGGCACUUUGCGGGAAGCGACAGGCUGUGGGCCGGCCUGGUGAUCCGCCUGUUCAAGGCCAUACACGAUGACUUUGGGGGACUGCCCGUCAGCUUCUACAGAGCCACCCAGCACCCGUACCCUAAGAGGUUCGAGGACCAGAGUGAAGGCAGGUGGAGGGCAAGGAAGGUGUGUGGGCUCCCACUCUGGCUUGCUGCCAUGGGUGUGGCCGUCGUGUGCAUGGGAAUCAGUAUCCUGCUCUACUUUUCGGACUUCCAAGUGAGAACGAACGGGACACUGACUGGCCUGUCGAGUCUGGAGUCCGUGGCCAUCGCGACUCUCGGCCCUCCUGCCGUGGUGGUACUUCGGUUUGUCUUGAAGAUCGGCAAAAAUCUGCUCUACAGCCAGGGCAGCAUCGUCCAAAAGAAGAUGAACGAGUCAGCAGUCAGCGAUCAGCUGGGAUUCAUGAACAAGGUGAGGAAGGAGGUGUCCAUCCUCAUCAAUCUCAUCCAUUUCAUGGAGGUUCUGGAGAACAGGAAGAUCCGCGUCAUUCUGGAGAUCACUAAUUUGGACCGGUGCAGCCCGGAAAAGAUCAUUCAGACUCUGGAGGCCAUCAACAUCCUUUUGACCGGGGAGAAUGUCCCCUUUGUGUUGAUUCUGGCUGUGGAUCCAAAGGUUGUGGUGAACUGUGUGGAAAAUUCAUUCUUGCACCAUAGGUCAACAAAUAGCGGUUAUGAUUUUUUAAACAAGAUUGUUACCCUACCUUUCUCUGUGCCUGAGAUGUCUGUGAACUCAAAGCACAGGAUAUUUGAAACCCUUGCAAAUAGUCACCUUGAGGUUUUUGCUGAUGGGUUUGAUGGUACAAUGGCUCACCCAAGAAAGUCUGGUGAAAACAGGCAUUUAAGAAUGGAACUGGGACUACAUGAAGGAAGCUUAGUGCCUUUCAUUGGAAAUUCCAGCAGUGGGUCUGAAGCAAUAGAUCCAGGAAUUCCAUGGGAACACUGGGCAAGAAAAGUGAAGGCACUGACAAAUGAUGCUUUACAGUUUAUCAACAACAGAGGCAACCUCCACACUUACAUUAUGGCAGAUCACAUGUAUAUGAGGAGAAUAAUCAACUCAGUCAGAGUGUCCAUCAUCAUCCUGGAGGGGAUGAGGUGUGAUUUGUCUUCAGGCGAAGACCUUGCAGCUUGGGUGGUUCUGGCUAACCUGUGGCCUUGUCGUCUGAGUUGGAUUCUCCAGGUUGUGGAAGAUGACCAGCAGAGGGCUGCUAUAGAUCGACCUGACAGCACGGGUGAGAUUGACAACGGGAAGACUUUGUGGGAAGUCUUCAGCGAGUCCAGUGUGGAACUGCACAUGCUCAGAGGUAGAGCCGAGCUACUCCUGGAGCAAGACGGGGACCCUGAACUGUUUGAAAAGUUUCUCAAGGUGGAUUUCAGAUUGACCGUUGGGGAUGCCAACAGGUUCAGGCCCUGCACAGUCAAUCUGGACCAUUCCAUCCAGAAGGAGAUGGCCAGGCUCCGAGGCACCAACAUUAGAGAGAAAAUGAACUACAAAACCCAUGCCCCACUGCCAAUUAGGUCUCUCAUCAGAAUGAGUACAGAGGACAUCUGCAAAGAGAUGCAAAGGCUGAACUUCCCUGAAAAAUAUCAGCAGCGGCUGAGGCAGAAUCGACUUGAUGGAUCAUCCCUGGCAUUUGGCAAUGACGGAGAGAUCAAACGGGUUCUGCAGAUGGCCUUGGGUGAAUGGAUCUCUUUCAGCUUUCGUUUCCUGGGAGCAAAGCCAAGAUGCAGCCCGCACAUGUCAAACCCCAUGAUGUCUGCACAGUAG